CAAUGUACAUGCAGGAGAGAGCGUAACAGUGAACGCGUGAGGGUUUUGAUGCAUUGUUUUGCAAUUUAAAUUUCUGCAAUGGCUAAAACUUCCACUCAGAGAACGUUGUCUGUGUACCUUUACAUCCCCAAUAUCAUUGGAUACAUGAGAAUUGUCUUGAACUGCAUUGCAUUCGCUCAAUGCUUUUCCAACAGAAAAUUGUUCUCUGCUUUAUAUUUCAUCAGCUUUGUUGGUGAUGGUAUAGAUGGUUGGUUUGCCCGCAAGUUCAAUCAAGUUUCAACUUUUGGAGCUGUUUUGGACAUGGUAACUGACAGGGUCAGCACUGCUUGUCUGUUGGUAAUCCUCUCCCAAUUUUACAGGCCUGGAUUGAUUUUCUUGUUCCUGCUUGCGUUAGAUAUUGCCAGUCAUUGGCUGCAAAUGUACAGUACUUUCCUAUCAGGCAAAGCUAGCCAUAAAGAUGUUAAAGACAGUACUAAUUGGCUAUUCAAAGCAUACUAUGGAAACAGAUUUUUUAUGGCUUAUUGCUGUGUGGCAUCCGAGGUCAUUUACAUCAUCCUUUUCCUUCUUGCUGAAAACCAAUCUGAAAGUGUGCUUGUUGUUCUAGCAAAUAAUGUGAGCAAAAUUUCACCUCUUUCUUUUCUUGUCACUUUGGCUUUGUUCGGAUGGGCAAUCAAGCAAGCAAUUAAUGUUAUACAGAUGAAGACUGCCGCAGACAUGUGCGUUCUUUAUGACUUAAACAGAAAACAAUGACCCUGAUUCUUCUUAAUUGUUUCCACUGUUUCUAGGCUCUGGGUGAAGGUUCCUGUGUUACUUUCCCACCCUCAAUUUUUAUAUUAAUUGUAUAUUAUAUUUUUGUGUUGGACCUGCAGAAGUUCUCUGU